UUAUGUAAAAGUUGCACAUAUGAUAUUUUAAGUGUACACACCGCCCCAAUUAUCAUAGACCACAAUAUAUUAUCCACUUCUCUUUCUCUAUUUUCACAUUUCUUCCUUGCGCAACCUCAUCUCAGCCGUUCCUUCCUCUCAGCUGGUGGAAGGAAGAAAAAUUUAUACACUCUCUCUCUCUCUUUCUUUCCUUCUUACCCUUUUCCUUCUCUCACCCACCCACCCUUCUUCACUUUCUCUCUCCUCCAUUUUUCUUCUUCAGAUUUUCUGGUGUGAGUCAUGGCUGGGGCAUUAAUUCAGUCAACCACCAUCCCUGCAUCAUUUGCCUAUCAAAGAAAUGGCCAAUUCCAAAGGUCUGGUAAGGGUAAACAGGGUGUAAAGAUGAUGGCCAGUCUUCAAGCACCUGGAUACAGAAUGCGAAAUUUCUCGGGAUUGCGUGGAGGAAAUGCUUUGGAUACUUUGGGAUCUACCAGUGAAUGUUUCUAUUCCAAGAUGAGGGCUGUGCUUUCUGUACGUAAAGGGACAGCUAGCCGAGGUGUUGUUAGAGCAAUGUUUGAGCGUUUUACUGAGAAAGCUAUUAAAGUUAUAAUGCUUGCUCAAGAAGAGGCCAGACGCCUAGGCCAUAAUUUUGUGGGCACAGAGCAGAUUUUGCUGGGUCUUAUUGGGGAAGGAACAGGAAUUGCUGCCAAGGUAUUGAAAUCCAUGGGUAUUAAUUUGAAAGAUGCUCGUGUAGAAGUUGAGAAGAUAAUUGGGAGGGGUAGUGGCUUCGUUGCUGUUGAAAUUCCAUUUACUCCUCGCGCCAAACGUGUUCUGGAACUUUCGUUGGAGGAAGCCCGUCAACUUGGCCACAACUACAUCGGAUCUGAGCACUUGCUUCUGGGUCUUCUUCGUGAGGGUGAAGGUGUAGCUGCUCGUGUUUUGGAGAACUUGGGGGCUGAUCCUAGUAACAUUCGCACGCAGGUUAUACGUAUGGUGGGUGAAAACACUGAAGCUGUUGGUGCUGGUGUUGGAGGGGGUACUACAGGAAAUAAGAUGCCAACCUUGGAGGAGUAUGGGACAAAUUUGACAAAGUUGGCAGAAGAGGGAAAAUUGGAUCCUGUUGUUGGAAGGCAGCCUCAGAUUGAGCGUGUUACCCAAAUUUUGGGUAGAAGGACCAAAAAUAAUCCUUGUCUUAUUGGAGAGCCCGGUGUUGGUAAAACAGCAAUUGCAGAGGGCCUUGCUCAAAGAAUAGCUACUGGUGAUGUCCCAGAAACUAUCGAGGGAAAGAAGGUUAUAACUCUUGAUAUGGGUCUUCUGGUUGCUGGAACUAAAUACCGUGGAGAGUUUGAGGAAAGACUGAAGAAGUUGAUGGAGGAAAUUAAACAGAGUGACGAGAUAAUUCUGUUUAUUGAUGAAGUACAUACUUUGAUUGGAGCAGGUGCAGCAGAAGGAGCUAUUGAUGCUGCAAACAUCUUAAAACCAGCUCUUGCAAGGGGUGAAUUGCAGUGUAUUGGAGCCACCACCCUUGACGAGUACAGAAAACACAUUGAGAAAGAUCCAGCACUUGAGAGAAGGUUUCAGCCUGUUAAAGUUCCUGAGCCAACUGUAGAUGAGACUAUACAGAUCUUGAAAGGGCUUCGUGAACGUUAUGAGAUUCAUCACAAACUUCGGUACACCGAUGAAGCACUAGUGGCUGCAGCACAACUCUCUUACCAGUAUAUCAGUGACCGUUUCUUGCCCGAUAAAGCUAUUGAUCUCAUUGAUGAAGCAGGUUCCAGGGUUCGAUUGCAACAUGCUCAGCUCCCUGAAGAAGCUAGAGAGCUUGAAAAAGAACUUAGGCAGCUCACAAAAGAGAAAAAUGAAUCUGUUCGCAGCCAAGACUUUGAAAAGGCUGGUGAGUUGCGUGACAGAGAAAUGGACCUCAAGGCCCAAAUCAGUGCUCUUAUAGAAAAGAACAAGGAAAUGAGCAAGGCAGAGACAGAAGCUGGGGAUGUCGGUCCUAUUGUCACAGAAACAGAUAUUCAGCACAUAGUGUCAUCUUGGACUGGUAUUCCAGUUGAGAAAGUGUCUACAGAUGAAUCUGACCGUCUUCUCAAAAUGGAGGAAACACUUCAUACGAGAGUUAUUGGUCAAGAUGAAGCUGUUAAAGCCAUUAGCCGUGCCAUCCGUCGUGCUCGUGUUGGCCUCAAGAACCCCAACCGUCCAAUUGCAAGCUUCAUCUUUUCAGGUCCAACUGGUGUUGGAAAGUCUGAACUUGCAAAAGCUUUGGCUGCGUACUACUUUGGAUCUGAAGAAGCCAUGAUCCGUCUUGAUAUGAGUGAGUUCAUGGAAAGACACACUGUAUCCAAGCUUAUUGGUUCACCCCCAGGUUAUGUGGGUUACACUGAGGGUGGCCAGCUUACAGAGGCUGUAAGGCGUCGCCCUUACACGGUUGUUCUUUUUGAUGAAAUUGAGAAGGCUCAUCCUGAUGUCUUCAACAUGAUGCUUCAAAUUCUCGAAGAUGGAAGGUUGACUGACAGCAAGGGCAGGACUGUUGAUUUCAAGAAUACGCUUCUUAUUAUGACAUCAAACGUUGGAAGCAGUGUAAUCGAGAAAGGUGGGCGUAGGAUAGGAUUUGACCUAGACUAUGACGAGAAGGACAGCAGUUACAACCGAAUUAAGAGCCUCGUGACGGAGGAGCUGAAGCAGUACUUCAGGCCUGAGUUCUUGAACAGAUUAGAUGAGAUGAUUGUGUUUAGGCAGCUAACCAAGCUGGAGGUCAAGGAAAUUGCCGAUAUUAUGUUGAAGGAAGUGUUUGAGAGGCUGAAGAACAAGGAUAUUGAACUUCAAGUAACAGAGAGGUUCAGAGAUAGGGUGGUGGAUGAAGGCUACAACCCAAGUUAUGGUGCUAGGCCAUUGAGAAGAGCUAUUAUGAGACUUCUGGAAGACAGCAUGGCUGAGAAGAUGCUUGCAAGGGAAAUCAAAGAGGGCGACUCAGUAAUUGUGGAUGUUGAUUCUGAAGGAAAUGUCAUCGUCCUCAAUGGUAGCAGUGGUGCACCUCCCGAGACGUUACCAGAGGUUAUCACUGUGUAGACGAACACGCCUGCUACUGGUGAAGUUUGAAUUCCAUAGUAUGUUUGUUUGUACUUGGAUUUGUCAUCUGAAUUUUAUAUAGAUAUGGUCUGUGCUAAAAAUGUAGAAAUUCAAAGCAGGACCAAUUGGUUCGUAGUGUGGCCAUUUGUGACUUUAAUCAUAACAGAUUCAGAAAGUUGUAGUAUUAAUUUUUCCAAGGAGUCCGAUAAUAGGGGAACUUUUGGAUUUGGUAGGGAUUAGGAUGUUAUAGCUCAAGGAUAAUGAAACGCUCCUUAUUGCUGUAGAUUUGUUUUCUUUUUGUA